CCCAGAUGAUGCUACUGGGGAGGGUCUUUCCGUGUAGCAAGCAGCUAUCAUGAUAGCGUUAACGUUACUUUAACUUGGGGUUGUUCUUUACCGUCAACGCUGCUCGGCAAACAGCUAACGUUAGCAAGGACGACGAGUCACCGGGUUUCACCUGAACUCUAACAGACUUCCUUCUCAACUACCACCACCUCCACCAUGACUGCUGCUGUGAGGGCCCCUGCCAGUGUGCCUAUCCGAGGCACUGGCGACGGCAUGGAAACUGAAAAACCGCCCGCCAUCCUGGAGGUAAACACGGAGACACUGCCACCAGGUCCGUCUGCAGUUCCCCUUCUUAAGGUGGCUAGCCCCAAACACUGUCCCAAAUCUACCCAUCCCGCUCCCCCCCAGCCUCUCGGGGUGCUCCACCUGGGCAGGGUGAGUCGAGAGGCCUGCACGGAGGUGGAGGCUGUGAGGAUCAUCGUCCCACGUGCUGCUAUUAGCCGACACACCCGUACAAGACCUGCCGAGGGCAAAGGGGAGGCUGGGCAACAGACUGAGGAGCAGGGCUCUCCCCCGCUGCCUCUGGUGGAGGACUGGAGAGGACAGCUGGAUAAGCUGCAGAACUCUGAACGCAGGCUGCUGCAGGACAAGGAAGGGCUUUCCAAUCAGCUCCGUGUGCAGACAGAGGUGAACCGUGAGCUGAAGAAACUGCUGGUGGCGUCGGUGGGUGAUGACCUUCAGUACCACUUUGAGCGUAUGUCACGGGAGAAGAACCAGCUGAUUCUGGAGAACGAGGCUCUAGGCCGGAGUCUGGCGCACACCGCAGAGCAGCUGGAGCGAAUGAGUAUCCAGUGUGACGUUUGGAGGAGCAAGUUCCUGGCCAGCAGAGUCAUGGCAGAGGAACUGACGAAUGCCAGAGCAGCGCUGCAGAGACAGACCAGGGAGGCACAAGGAGCUAUCCAGGACCUGCUGUUAGAGAGGGAAGAGUUCUCCAGCAACAUGGUGCUCACUCACAGAUCUCUGGAGCAGCUCCUGGUGUCCCUGCAGUGGGGUAGACCGCAGACGUACUACCCCAGCGCGCAGCCCCUCAGCACCGGAGAUCUGGCAGCAGCCAAUCACAAGCUAGCAGACGCCAUCAACUCCCACCUGCUGGGUAACACCAGCAGCGCGGCGGUGAAGAGCAGCAGCGCUACGGCGGAGCAGCUGUGCAGCACUCCGGCCGAGAAGAUGGCUGAGAAGGUGCUGAAGAAUUUGGAUCCAAUUUCCUGUUCAGAAAACGCAGCAGACCCUCCGCUCAGCGACUCCACCCCCUCAAACUUUCUCAGCAAUAAGAAGAGCAUCGGCAGGUUUCACCCAUACACCCGCUACGAGAACAUUACUUUUAACUGCUGCGAGCGCUGCACCGGAGACAUCCUGGUGCUGUAGCUGGGUGGAGGAGCAGCAAAACGUCCCCAUUUGGCACCAGUGCAGCAUCGGAGCUUUUUACAAAAUGACUUGAGAUCUGAACAGGAGUGUAUUCUGGGGGAUAUUAAUGUUCUGUGUCAACUUCUGCUCCUUCAGUCAACACCAAAAGUUAGCUUCUCCAGCAGACAUUUCUUUUUGUAUCAGCUACCCAUUUUAGCGCGUUGCAUCUCUGAUCUUUGGAUUUCCACAAGUUCAGAGGUUUUUAAACUUGAUCAACCUGCUGUUAAUUUUGCUCGCUUCAACCUGGAAAAAAAAAAAAUGGGAGUUUGUUCAGGGAUCGUGAUGUGAAAGUGCCGAAAACCGAAUGCUUUUCAGAGCCAUUGUAGUCUGGUUUAAACUAUGGGAAAAAAAGGCUAUUUAUUGUGAGAUCAAGAUGAGUCAGUGUUACGUGGUGAACAGACAGUGUCUGCUUAUUCAAACUUGAAUAUACGGUAUUACGUGUUAUUUACAUAAUCUUCUAAGUCAAUGUGCAAAUAAUAGAGCAAACGGGCUGUAUUGAUUAGGGUUGGGCAUUGUUUGGAUUUUAACGAUUCUGAUUCCACUUCCGAUUCCGGUUCUUAUAGAUUCUCGAUUCAGAUUUAGUUUCAGUUGAAACGGGUCACAUGCCUAUUUUCAGUUUUGACAAGGCUUUUUCAAUGUGAAAUAAAGCCACACUAGAGCACUGCUUACUGUUGAAACCAAAUCCUCUAAACGAUUCCAAUGAAGAAACGAUUCUACUGGAAUCGUAAUUUUUGAAACCAUUCCAAGUAGGAAUCUGUUCUCGAUGCCCAACCCUAGUAUUGAUACGUUUUGAGUUUUGACCCGGCCGGCUGUUAUGGGAACACCCUCCAGGAAGUUAACGGACGUUGAGCUAAUUGUACAGUCGCACGUGCUCUGUAGGACUCUGCAGGGCUGUCCCCAAUUUCUCGAUAUGAUGGUGCUAUUAUAUUGAAUUAAUAUAUUUUGUACAAUGCAUGCUGCAAAAGCAUUAUAUUAUACAUUGAAUAUUUUGGAAGUGAUUGACGGUACUACAAUAGAUUAUUAUUGUACACACUUGUGUAAAAAAAAAUCCAAUAUUUGAAAUUACUAUUUUUUUUUUUUAUGUCAUUCCUAUUGGGUGAUGUUUUUGUAAUUCAUUUAAGAAUGUGGUUGUUGUUUUUUUUGCCUCAGAAUACACUACUAUGAAAUGACGAGUAAUGUAUUGCACAUGCCUUUUUGCAAUUUUCUAAACCCAAGUUGUAUAAUAUUGUAGUUUACCACAUCUGUUUGGAAAGGUUUGCAUUUAUGGUGACAGUAAAAGUUACAGUGAAAGCACACCAUAACAAAUAUUUAUACAUUUUUUUUCAUCCAUGUCAGACCAAAAUAAAGACCAAAGUAGUUUCUUUAAA